GAGGCCUUUUCUACGGUUUCAGUGCUCCGCUAUAUAGACCGCCAUUGGCUUCUUCCUCAACACCACACCACACCAUAGCCAAGAACACAUCACUUCCAUUAGCUCAGCUUCUCACCAGCUAGGUUUAAUCGCUUCAUCGAUCUUAGCUUGCAUCUUGCAGUGCAGAGAUCGAGUGAGCUAGGGUUCUUGAUCAGUGAUUGUGUGACAGUGUGAGAGGGACAUCAGAUUCAGAGAUGCAUCAUCACUCGGCCACCAUGGGGGACGCGCUGUGGGAGAUGCUGGGGGAGGAGAUGGCGGCGGCGGCGGCGGCGGCCGGCGAGCACGGGCUGCCGCCGGGGUUCAGGUUCCACCCCACCGACGAGGAGCUCGUCACCUUCUACCUCGCCGCCAAGGUGUUCAACGGCGCGUGCUGCGGCGGCGUGGACAUCGCGGAGGUGGACCUGAACCGGUGCGAGCCGUGGGAGCUGCCGGAGGCGGCGAGGAUGGGGGAGAAGGAGUGGUACUUCUUCAGCCUCCGCGACCGCAAGUACCCGACGGGGCUGCGCACCAACCGCGCCACCGGCGCCGGCUACUGGAAGGCCACCGGCAAGGACAGGGAGGUGGUCGCCGCCGCCGCCGCCGGCGGCGCGCUCAUCGGCAUGAAGAAGACGCUCGUCUUCUACAAGGGCCGCGCCCCGCGCGGCGAGAAGACCAAGUGGGUCCUCCACGAGUACCGCCUCGACGGCGACUUCGCCGCCGCUCGCCGCUCCACCAAGGAGGAAUGGGUGAUCUGCAGGAUCUUUCACAAGGUAGGAGAUCAGUACAGCAAGCUGAUGAUGAUGAAGAGCCCAGCCAGCUACUACCUCCCAGUGAGCCACCACCACCCCAGCAGCAUCUUCCAUGACCUUCCUCCGGUCCCAUUCCCAAACCCUAGCCUCGUCCCCUUCCACCAUGAUCUCCCCACAAGCUUCCAUCCUCCAUUGCUGCAGCACAGCCAUGCGAACAGCAAGAACAGCAGCAGCAACAAUGGCGGCUUCGUCUUCCCCAAUGAGCCAAACACCACAAACAGCAGCGAUAACCACAUUUCUUGCAAUGGCGCCAUGGCUGCUGCUGCUGCUGCUGCUUUUCCUUCCUUCAGCUGUGCUAGUACUGUCACUGGCAAGGGGGGCCCACCGGCGCAGCUCGGAGUCAACGCCGGUCAACAGGAGCCACCGCCACCUACCUGGAUGGACGCUUACCUGCAGCACAGUGGAUUCAUUUAUGAGAUGGGCCCACCUGCAGUGCCCAGGGGCGCAUGAUCUGGGCCGUUGGUUUCUUUAGGGCUACGAUCUGGAUAUCCUUUAGUUUGCAAGUGUGGUAUUUAGACAAGCACUUGUUUAGCUGCUUUGAAAUUACUAGUGGUUGUUAAUUAAUUAGUCAUCAUUUGGUUAUUUUCAUGCACUCAGGUGUGUACCUAGCUUGCAUGCAUGAGCUGCAAGCAUUGGUGCACUGGGUUGAGUAUUACUACUAGUAACUACUUGCUUAAUUACUACUAGUAUUACUUUGUCUGUGAAUCCAUGCGUGCAUGUAUUCACAUGCAAUGUAAUGGCUACAUAUAUAAUCAGCUAGUCUGUUUUGUUAGAUGUUAUGAUAAGUGAACAAUGGAUUAUAUUCAGUUCUAAA